AUGAGAAUUCAAUUAAUAAUCAUAUUUCUUGCAUUGUUUGGCUUAAGUGCUUCAGAUGAAUUAAAUUGCACCGAUAUUACUUCUAACUUAUUUGAACCUCUUCAACCCUUACAACCAAGUAAUGGCUCGGUUACUCGGUGUUAUAAUUUAAAAUUAACAGAAAUAACGUUGACACCUGAUGGAUUAAUGCAUCUUGUGAAAACUGUUAAUGAGCAAUAUCCUGCCCCGAUAAUUCAAGCAAACUAUGGUGAUAUACUUAUCCUUAAUGUAACAAAUGAAUUAGGAGAACCUUCUACAA